ACCAUUCAAAUUCAUGACGAGCGACUACAAUACAUCUUUCAAGAAAGAAUGUAAACAGCAAGUGUUAACAGACAGAAAUAGUCAAUACACGAGUUUAUCAAUAAUUGGGCGUCUUAUUCGCCUCAUGUACGCCUUCGCCUUCGACAUCUUAAAUAUUUCUCCGCCCCUGGUGGGGAGGGAGACAAGUGCCUCUGAGAGGACAAACGCCCGCCCCUGGUGGGACGAGGUGCCGCCACCUCUGAGAGGGGGCGCGGGAGUUACGCGCUCAGCGUCCCGGCGGGACACGAUGAGGCGCCGCAACGCGAGAGGUGCGCCGCGAUUGGUGCGCAGCAUUGGGGAGGCUGGGACGCGUGGAGCCCCUUUCUGUGCCUACGUGGGGGAUACUGGGAAAGCGCUUCGAUAUUAUUCCUCCAUACUGGGACUGGCGUGGCUGCUCGAUGGUUAUUCCUCCGGUGAUGGAAGAGAACGAAAGAGAGACUGCCAGCCCGGGGCGUUCUCCUCCAUUGCGUGCCAGGGCCUUCGCUCUUCCGAUGAGAUGAACCGCCAACGGCGCAGCAGGGGCGGGGGGCGCGUUGGCUUCCGUUCUUACUGUCUUCUGACUCUGAGCGUUCAAGUUGAGGAAAGCCCCACAGCCUCGGCAGGCCGGUGCCGCCUCGUUUUCUUCCAAAGAAAGGCAAACGCCGAAGCGUGCGGCUGACUUCUACAGAUAUGAUAUACUGUGCUCGAGAGCACC